CGCAUGUGCAAAGCUGGAGCKACCGGAGGAUGGUGCGGAGAGCCCGAGGUGUGAUCAGCAUUGAAAAAGAUGCCAGCACUGGCUACCACAUACGAAAGAAUAGUUUACAAAAAUCCCUCUGAGUACCACUACAUGAAAGUGUGCCUGGAAUUUCAAGAUCAUGGAGUUGGUCUGAAUGCUGCACAGUUCAAACAGCUGCUUAUUUCUGCCCUAAAGGACCUGUUUGGGGAGGUUGGUGCUGCCUUACCUGUGGAUGUCCUGACCUAUGAAGAGAAGACCUUGUCAGCCAUCCUGAGAAUAUGUAGCAGUGGUCUAGUCAAAUUGUGGAGUUCUUUGACCCUGUUAGGAUCCUACAAAGGCAAAAAAUGUGCUUUCAGAGUGAUUCAGCACAGAGUGCAGGCCGGCGGCCAAUGGAGGAUCGGCGCUAGGACCCCGAGGCUGGCGGCGGCGCGUAGGGUGGCCGGGGACGACAGCGACGGCGCCGGGACGGGUCGGCGCUAG